CGGCAUGGAUUGGUUUCAAAAGUGUUUUUCUUUUUCAUUACUCAAGCGGCUUGUCAUUUUCGCACUCCCCGCCGGCCCUCACAUGUAUCAUAUGAAUGUCAAGGUCUCCGGAAGAUUCUUUUUUCUGCGGAGGGCCUGGUGUGGAGCGGCGCAUCGUUCAUAGUUGCAUUGACGACCACAGAGACCGCUCGGCCAGCGAGGCGGCAAAGGGCAAUUGGAUCCGGAGGGUUUAACGCGGCGUGUACGGUGGAUUUUGUUUCACAAGAGCACAGACAGACAGAAAGAAAGAAAGGCAUGGAUCAUGUUUUCUUCUUCGACUUGCACAGUCUUUGCUCGCUCCUCAUGAUUAGUCGUGCGUUUUCUUUUCGGUUUCGGUUUCGACGUCGAAUUUGGUUCAGCAGCAUCUUCUUCUUUUACGCUCGUUGUAAUUCCCUCUGUAGCAGGCGGUCCGUCGGGCAAGCUAACAAGCUGGCCUCGGCGGGGUUGUCGGCCUUGGAAUCUGCUCUUCUUGUUUACGCUUUGUUGGCUUUCUUUCCUCUCCUCAUGGAUUUCAUGGAUAUAUUCUGGCCUUGGAGAGUUGGGUGUGGGUCACGUUGCACCGAUUCGGAUUUGCGGAAGCGUCAGAAGCGGCUACGGAUGGUGCGAGUGCUGGUUCACCGACCAUCCGUCAUCCCAUUCUGCUCCCCGUCUCUUUCUCAAUCUGUACAAGCAAAGAACGUGCCCUGCCUCCCUUGCGUCGAGGACGAGUUUUUCCAUACACAUGUGGUGGCGCGAACACUAGAGCUUUGCCAGCCGGCAUCUCUAUGGCGAACCAGAUAAAAAGAAAAAAAGAACCAAACACUUCUGCUGCUACCUC